AGGGACUGAUUCAGGUGGGAUAAGUCUGGUUACGUCACUUUAGUGGAUUGACAACAGACAAUACUUCUAUUAGAAAGCUUGAGUAUUGUUGAGAAAAAGAUUGAUAGCUGUUCCUGUUUCCACAGCGGUUGAGGCCGGUAGGUGGAGUCCCGAAAACCCGAAGACGGCGAUUUGAUUUAGACAGCGUGAAGUCGAAGGUCCUGAAAAUGUCCUGUAAUGAAAAUCUUGUUCGGGUUGGUACGAGGAAAAGCCCGCUGGCCAUGGUCCAGACCAACACAGUGGUCCAGCGACUUCAGGAUAUUUUCCCAGAUAAAGAGUUUGAGAUCAUUCCCAUGUCAACUACUGGUGAUAAUAUCUUGGACACUGCCCUAGCUAAGAUUGGAGAGAAAAGCUUGUUUACUAAGGAAUUAGAGCUUUGCUUACAAAAAGGAGAAGUUGACUUUGUUGUCCACUCAUUUAAAGAUCUGCCCACGACACUACCCCCUGGUCUGGUCAUUGGAACAGUUUACAAGCGAGACGAUGAACAUGAUGCUGUUGUCAUGCACCCUAAGCACAAGGGUAAAACCUUGGAGACACUACCCAAGGGGAGUGUGGUAGGUACAAGCUCUCUUAGAAGGAUUGCCCAGCUCCAGAGGAAAUUCCCACAUCUCAUCUAUUCAGACAUUAGAGGAAACCUGAACACACGUUUUAAGAAGCUGGACGAAGGAGAUAAGUAUGACUGUAUAGUGCUGGCUGUGGCAGGGCUGGAGAGGAUGGGCUGGAGCCACAGGAUAGACCAGAAAUUACUGCCGAAUACUUGCAUGUAUGCCGUGAGUCAAGGUGCCUUGGCCAUUGAGUGUCGAGGGAAUGAUAAGGCUACCCUGCAGAUGUUGUCCACAUUGUCCGACUAUGAGAGCAGUCUGCGCUGUGUGGCGGAGAGAGCCUUCCUCAAAACACUGGAAGGAGGAUGUAGUGUACCAGUGUGCGUUCACACAGAAAUCUGGAAAAACCAGAUGUAUAUCCGUGGUGGAGUGUUCUCUCUUGACGGCAAGGAAGGUUACGUUGACUCCAACAUGAAGGAUCUUCCCAGUGAUGAUGAACCUCCAAGGAAAAAGCGGGCUAGCAUGAGGGAGGAUGGGUUUUUGUGUGUUGUUCCCACUGGCUAUGACCCAGAAGCAUUCGCACGUGCUGAAGAGGCAGGCAUUGAGCUGGCACAAAAAAUCAUCAAGGCUGGAGGAGGCGAGAUGCUGCAACUAAUUAAGGCCAAAAUGGCUGCUGAUAUAAUAGCUGAGAAGACGAGAAAAGAAGCCUUAAGGAAAGUGGCAGAAGCCAGCACUGUGAAUGUCACUGCUGAUGCGUGUUGUUAGGUAGGAGAGAAGACUGUUACAGGGGUAAACAGACUGUCAAGUCUUGUCACAGAAUCCUGCCCAUAGUGGAGAACUCUUAAAGAGACUGAUGGACAAUUCAUCAAACUUGAUACAUGUGCCUUUGGGCAGGAUCAUCCUUAUUUUUGUUUUUAUUUCCUGAAAGAAAAUUCAAUGCAAUCAAUUUAAAAAGAAUAUAAAGGAAAGUAUCUAUAGAAAUUAAUCUUUAGCUCAGAUGUGAAGAUGCGACUGAGCUUGUCAUAGGAUUUGUGUGGAAUUUGUGGUGUCUAGGACAGACUUUUUUUUCAAGAUUUGUACUUGGCAUUGUCACGAAGUCACAAUCCUAAACCUCAAAAGAAGUGAUCCUUUUAUAUUGCAUAAACUCCAAUCAAAAGUUAAACAUAAUGAUUUAAAUGUGUUGCAGCUAUUGUGUAACACAUGUUAACGACUGUAUCAUUGUUGUCUGUGUCACUAAUGAUAUGUCAUUGUUGUCUGUGUUACCAAUGAUAUGUCAUUGUUGUCUGUGUCACUAAUGAUAUGUCAUUGUUGUCUGUGUUACCAAUGAUAUGUCGUCGUUUGUGUUACAAAUGAUAUGUCAUUGGUGUCAGUGUUAAUGACCGCAUGUAUAUCAUUAAUACCUGUGUUAAUUACCAGAUUGUCAUUGGUAAUGUUAUGACUUUUUCCACGUUUGGGUUAGUAUACAUAAAAGUUUGAAGAGGCUCACGUUCACACAGUUUCCGUGGAUAGUCUUUUGCCUUAAAGCCUACUUCAGACUAUGCUUGAUCAUUGGUGGAAGAGUCAAUAGACCAAGGAUUGCUCACUUACAUGCACAUGUGUCAGUUGGCUGACAUGCAGGGUCACAGUCGGUGGGAUUUACUACAGUCAAUACCUGUCAUAAUAUUUCACAGCACAGAUGUGAAGGGCAUUGUUUUGUAUUGAUUAUUACAUGUUUGUGUGUUGUUAUACUGUAUCAACUGUCAUUGUAACAGUUAAUCAGUUUGUUAAGUUUGUCCGUAUUUUAGUUGUUAGCUGGGUCAUCACCAUUUAUCUAGUGGACCUGAAAUAUUUGAUGGAAAGUUUUCAAGCUGAUAUUUACAUAAAAUUAUGAAAAAAGCACCUUGUGAAUUGCUUGAUUAUGGAUAAACAUAAACAUGGAUUUCACAUGUGAACUUUGGUGUUAGCUGUAAAUCUCAGUGCAGUCAAGCAGCUGGUAGACAGAGGUGUUAUCUCAUUUAUUUAUUCGUUGACUUACAUGACAACUGCCUUUAAAUAUGAGUUGUUCUUUGCCAAGUCUGUAUGGAUCAGCAUUUGGCAUGAAUGUGUGAAAGAGGAGGUAUGAAAUACUCGGCCUAUCCAUCAUAGAAAACAAACAAUUUUUGCUAAGAUCUGCACAUGAUGACCUUGUGACAAAAUUAUAAUUUAGAGAAUCUGUAUAUAUUUUAUACGUAUAUUUUUAUGUGCUUCCAGAAUUAUAGUCCAUUUGCCUUGUGUCAAAAGCAGUUGGUGUUUCAGUACAUAAUCUGCAUAUUUCAGUCAGCAAGGUCGAUACUUGCUACAGGCUUUGAUGGUGGACAUCACUAGCUUCAUUAAAUGAAGAUGGUAUUCUAUGGACAGUUAGUUUUACAGUAUUGGAGAGAUGUUGUCAAUGGAAUGUAUAAUUGUAGCCUUUUCUCAGGAUUCAUAAAAUGUAAAGCCAGCAGUUAUGACUAGCAAAAAGUAAAUGUUGAUAGCGUUGACAGUAAUCAAAUCCAAAAGUAGUCAGUUCAGAAUUUCUCACAGCCAUAUAUGAAAACUUACCUUACAUCAUAUCUGCCUGUGUAAUAAACUUGAUAUUAGUUCAUCCUUUAUCAGUUAAUAUAUAUA